UGUCUGUUAUCAUAUGCAAUUUUUUGGGCCCUUCAGAAGCCCACAUCUAAUCUCCCGGAGGAAGGCGGGUGUGUAGGCUACUCUCACCUCGCGUAACUCGCGCCCUGUUCUGUCAACCCCACGUUCAGCGGUGACCCCCUUCACCCUAGCUGUGCGGGAGCGAAGGAGGGAGGGAGCAAAGAGAUGGGGUGGGUGACUGGCAGACGGGAUGUCUAAUUUAGACGUCUUUUCUUAGGACGAGCAAUAUGGUGUGUGCCACUAACUCCCUGAAGGUAUUUAAUGUAAUUAUCGGAUUACCACCGAGAGGCACCGAAGCUGGAAAUAUUUACUACCAAUGGAGUUUCCCGUCUUCACGUUCUGAUUCACACCGAGGUCGCACUUAUCUGAGUUAUAUAAAUAUUAAUAUGCUUCGGGUUUGACGACGUCUUUUGAACAGUUAACCAUCUGCUUCCAGGCACUGGAGGACCACAUCGUUUAGACUUAAGCCGUAUGCUACGUAUGCCAAGCGCACAGUGCUUUUUAUCUUUGGAAAAGAUGAUAAUCACUUUGAAGACAUCCGCGCCUGCAUUACAAACGCCAAUCAGAAGAAAAUAAGAUCGCUGAAGGGCGCAGUGACCUGAGAGAGGAAUCAGGCAGGCAGCCUGAGAUUUUGACAGAGAAAUCCCCCACAUCCAUCCAUCCAUCCAUCCAUCCACUGCAGCAGACCUUGCUCCCUCUGUAUGAUGUCUGUCUCCUCACUGCCAGAAUGGAAGCAACUCCUGCUGGAGAGAAAGAGGAGAGAGGAGGAGGAGCGCGACAGGAGAGAAAAAGAGGAGGAGGACAGGCUCGCCAGCAUGCCCGCCUGGAAGCGGGGGAUCAUCCAGCGAAGGAGGGCAAAGCAAGAAGGCGGAGGAGAAAGGGAUAAGGAGAGAGAAGGAGGGUACCAGGUUGUGGACUCAGGGGAUGCAGACAGCUACAUAUUGACUCAGACUGGUGGCGAGAUUACCAUUAUGCUGGAGCCAGAGAGGCCGCAGUUUGACCCCCAUCCAAUAAGGGCGUUUGGGCGCGUUUCCGUAGAAAACAUUGGCCCCAUCCGACAGAACCCGUUCAUUAAGUCCCAGAGAAAAAAAAGCAGGGAGUUGGAGAAAGGAGUAGAUGAAGAUGUAGGGACAGAGGCAGAGAGGGGGAUAAGUAUGGAGAGGGGGGGCAAUAGGGGUCAUGAAAGGGAGUUUGUCAGAGGGAGGGAGAUUGAAAUCAAGCCAGAGAGGUUCAGAGACAGGAGCGAGGGCAGGGAGAGAGACCGGAGCAUCGGGAGGGAAUCAGGGAAAGAUGGAGGAGGAGAAAGAGACAGUGUGAGGAUAAAAAAAGAGGGACUGAAAGACACAGACACCACUCUCUUUCCCCUUGUGCCAGGCUUGCGUACCAUCAAGGCUGAAAACAUUAUUAUCAUUGAGAAAGACAGAAGAGGUAGUGAAAGAGAGGAAAAUAUCAUAAAGAAAGUUGUGGACAGGCAGAAAGAGAAACAGGAGGAUGAUGAAGAGGAGAAGGAGGAAGGGAGCGGAGGAGGAGAGAAGAGAGGGAUGAGAGUGGAUCUGAGAGAGUUCCUGGCAGGAGGUGGGAGCGUGACUGAGAUCAGAGCCACUGAGGUGCUGAUUAUCAAACCGGGAAUGGACGACAGGAUCGUUGGAGCAAAAAUGGCCAUCAGGGGUGGAGAGGAGGAACAGGGGCAGGGGGAAGGACAGGAGGUGCAGGGGAGAGAGAGUAGGAGCUCCAGUGAGAACACGGUGGAGGGUGAGAGGGGGAGACUCAGAGAGGCGUCCUGGGCACAAGAUCAAGAGCUUGGGAGAGAAAAGGCCAGCAUGAAAGAGCCUGCAGUUCGUCCCAGGCCGCAGGCAGCUCUCCAGCGAGAGGAGAGGGAGUUCAGCAGUAGCGGCCAGAACAGUGGGCUUUUAGAGAGAAGUGGCCGGGUGAGCAAGCUCCUCAGCAAAUUUGGGGAGUACCCCAAGCCCCCGUCCAGGUCAAAAAGCUCAGACUGCUUCGUCCGGCCCAGCAGGGACAAGUCUAGCAGAGGGGGAAGCAGCGACGACCUGAGUGGGGGCGAAGAGGGACAGGGAGAGGAGGCAGGUAAGGGAGCUUUGAGGGGGGUGCCCAAGCGAUCUUUCAGCUUCUCCGACCGCGUUCUAUGUGCUAAGGAAAAUGGGUUGCAAGACGAUGACAGGAAAGCGCUAGAAAGGACAUUCUCAGACCGCAGAACGGGGGAACCUCCCGAGAGGGGAACGAAACCAAAGGUACUCCAAAGAUGGAGACAUGGAGAUAAACAAGUAAAACCAGCAGCUAAAUCUGAUUUAAACGUUCAGAGGUCAGUUGAGAGACAGAGUGAGUUCGAUAGGGAUUCAGUGAAGACAGGUGAGAAUGACAUGGCCACUGGAGAAAGGGCCGACCCACCCAGAGAGGGCCCGGUUGGGUCGGCUGUAAAGAUGACACAAGAUGAGGGUUUUACUAUGGCUUCUGUCAAAAACACUGAGGGCAUAGCAUUUGCACGCAGAGUAUCCAUCCGACAGGAAGGAAAAGAGAGAACCACAGAGAGAGAAACAAAGAGAAACGAAAAUGUGACUGACAGAGGGGGUGAGAAGUUGGCAGAGCGAAUCACAGAGAUAGAUAAGAGAGAGAGGGAGAUGGAAAGAGAUAGGAUGAUAGAGAGGGAGAAAGAGUGGGAGAGACAGAUCGAACUUCAGGUCGAGGAAAAGAAACAGUCAAAUGUGAGGCGAGCAGAGGCCGAAUCCAGUCCAUCACAAAGCAUGUGUAUCCAGUCCUCUGAGAUAGUAAAUUCAAUGAUUGUACCAAGCAGUCCUUCCAGAGUUAUGUCUGCUGUCACUGAAUUCUCACUGAAUUCUCAAACUGUAAAGGAAGCAGACAAAGUUGGUAGGCCAAACUGGGAAAACAUUGACUCACAGGACCAUCUUUCAUCCCAAACGGUGCUUUCGCACCACACAGAGGAGCUAAUCUCUAAGAUAGGCAGUGUGAAGGAUAAAAAGUCAGACCGUGAAAGUCGGAGGAGGACCCAGACGUGUAUGUAUGUGGAUGCAGACAUGACAAGUGGCCAACAGAUUCAGAGUGCUGAUAUUCAUUCACCUGAAGAUGAAGUAGUCAGAGACAGCUAUUCAGAAACUAUGUACAAGGAGGAACCACUGGUGCUCAAGUCCCCGAAACGAUGCAUUUCAGUGGGUCAGUCUACAACCCCAGAUGACGUACAAAUCCCCAGAACUGUGUUCUAUGGUGUUGACAUGGCAACGGACAGACCGAGAUCCCGCAUCCCCAGCACAGAUGGACUGGAGGAUGGCGGAAGAGAGGCGGGGAAAGGGGUGGAGAGGAGGGAGAGCUGGAAAGCCGGUCGACCCCUAAACCGCAUCGAGUCCCUUCGUGAGAAGAUACGCCAGAGAGAGCAGGAGAGGCAGAGAAGCAGAGGUGCUGAGGGGGAGGACAGGGAGAGCAGGGACAGCAGAGAGAGAGACUUGGACACAGGGGACAAGGAUAAGGGCAAUGACUACAAGGAUAAGGAGAGAUGGAAGGACGCCGCACAAGAGAAGGCAGCCGAGGAGAAGAGGAAGAUGGGAUGGACGAUGGAGGGAGGCGAGAGAGAGGGGCAGGAAGAGCCCUUGUCGCUGACAGCCAGCCAGCUUGACGUCACACAGGAACCCAGUGUGUCGAGAGCCAGCCCUCAACUUCCUGUUCCUCUCUCGCUCUUGCAACCUGUUGUUGCAGAGGAACAAGACAAGUCGGUCUACAUCGCUGCUACUGCGGUUGCCUACUCGGACUGCACUGUGGACAUAGAGGUGAAGGAACUCACACAACAUGUAGAGGACCUCUCAGGCAAUCAGGUUUGGAGACAUCAGGACACAGACAGACCAAGAGGAGUUGGGGGCGUUGGAGAAGACAGAGGGGAAGAGCUCCAGGACGAAGACUACUUCCCUCCGUCGCAAACCUCCUCGCCCAGAAGCUCCCUCUCGCCUUCUCCCCCUCUCCCUCACUCCCUGGCCGCUAUGAGCCGCAUCUACAACCUGAAGGCCGUGGGGUCACGAGCCGGGCUCUGCAUCAGUGAGAGAGCUGUGGAGGUCGUGUCACACAAGACUCUGCCCCAGGAAGACUACAGACCUUUCCGCCAGAAAUUGACACAAGAGCCAUCACGUCCCAAGGAGGUACAGGUAGAUCAUGCUAAAGUGGAACAUCCAUGGGAGUCGAGUGACGAGCCCCUCAGUGUCCUGUCUGUACAGCGUCAGGUGGAACAACUGCGUCUUAGAGAACAGGAAGUGAAGCGGCAGAAGCUCGAUGAAAGACAGGCAGAGAAGAGCACCUCCAGCGAAAAGGAAAUGAAGGUACCUCAGGGCCAUUGGAGAGAGGAGUCCCAGCAGCAUCACCUCCGCUCUGGUGAUGGGCAGACAAGGGACCGGCCAUCACCAACAGGCCGCAGAACGCCACCAACCCCCCAGGCACAACCGAAGCUGAACCAGUCAAAGACCUUCUCCGGUCCAUCACCAGAGGGUGCCAGGAAACACCUGGAGAGGCCAACCGCCCCUGUACCACCCUCCUCCCCAUCCUCCCUAUCCCCUUCCCCGACUCGUACCACCUCCCUAGCCACCCUCUCCCCUUCCCCGUUUCAUACCUCCUCCCCUUCCCUCUCUCCGUCCCCACCCCUCAUUUCCAUCAGGAGUGCUUCAUCCGCCCCAGGCAAGAGGGGCACCACCAUAACAAUCACCCCCAGGAAGCCAGUGGGAGCAGGAGUCGCAACGGCAGCAGCAGCGGCCGCGCCAUCGUCAGCAACAACAGGUAGCCCCUCCACUUCCAAACCGGCAGGCCAAGCCCAGGCGCUAGCCCCCAGCAGAACGGGUGAGGGGGGCAAGAAGAGGUACCCCACUGCUGAAGAGAUUCAGGUGAUUGGGGGAUACCAGAACCUGGAGAAGUCCUGCCUGGUUAAAAGCAGAGGGACAGCGCAUAAAGGGGUGAAGGUGUGUUUCGACGAAGUCCAGCUGGAGCGAGUGUGUGAGUACCCCUCUGAGACCUCAAUGCUGGCCUCCUUCCCGCCCUCCCCUAUGCUGGGGCUUGACCCGGGGAGGGAGGAGAGGGGGAAGGGGCAGGAGGAGGAAGAAGAGGAGGAGGAGGAGAGAGGAGAAGGAGGAGGAGGAGGGAUCAGCAGGAAUGUGGGCUCCGGAGUGGGCCGAGUGCUGAGAGUUGAUGAAUCCUGCAGACGGUAGACAUCCAAUAACCCCACUCAAAGUCCCCACUCAGCAAGACUCAGAAUGCAGAUGCAUCACUUGUUCAAGGUUGUCAUCGUACAACGUUUCCCAUUUUAAGUACUGUAUCUGACUUGUGUAACGUCGUGUUCAUGUAUAGGAUUUUGUUUGUUAUGAGAAGAACACAUCUUGUAAAUUUAAUUUGAAUAUAUAAGGAAGCUAAUGGUACAACAUUAGAGUAGAUUUGAUGACAUAUUUGUGGGUAGGAAUGGUUGAGAUGUAUUUCUACCCAAUGUCUACAUUCAAUUAUGUUUGUACGGCAUCUGAUUGUGCCUGCAUGGAACAGAGAGUUUGAUCACAAUUUUACGUACAUUUCAGUGCAACUCAACAGGUUGUAAUCAGCAUGGUUUCGAUAGAAGAGAAUGGAAUGGGUUAUAGAAUGUGCAUGUUCUUACAUUGUGACUUCAAAGUAAGCCUUAAUGCACUUUCCAUGAUUCUCAUGCUCAAUACUGUUUGUAAUACUUUAAGUGAAAACUACAUAGAAGGCUAUAUAGUUUUCGGAUACAGAAAACUAUAUAUCUUUCAGAAUAAACAUUCCGACAUACGUGUUUUCUUAUAUUGGCUUGGCUCUGCACAGCGACUGAAAUAAUUAGAUUAAUUGUAUUUUGCUAGCAGGGUAAAUUUUUUAGAACGAUGUGUAUUGUGUAAUGGGAAGGCUUGGAAUUAAAUCAAAUACUACUGCUCUGAGAAGGUGAAAUUGUACCGGGGACGGUAUUAAAACCCACUGUUUCUGUAAAAGGGAUUGUAAACGUACAAAAACGAUUGUAAGAAAAUCUCUGAAGAGAAAUGGACUUCAGUGAACUUACUUUAUGGAUACUUUGUACAUCUAUGUGAUAACUCAUGUUUUUCUAUUGUGGUUGAAGAAGCUGGCUUCAAAAGAUAUGUGUAAUAUCUAUGUAUAAUAAACUAUUGUAAAUGA